AUGUGCCUUGUUGCAGCAUGCGUUAUGACAGUACUCAUUGCCGUGCCUGUCUCUUUGGCUGGUAAAAGCGCUACUAUUACUACUACCGCCACCAUUGGGACUACGACAACAACACCCACAACCACCACUACCCUGACUACACCAACCGUGUCAACCACACUCACCACCACAACAACCGCCACCGGCCCUAUUUCAACAGCAACAACAGCAACAACAGCAGCAAUAACAACAACAACAACAACAACAACAACAACAACAACAACAACAACAACUACAACAACAACUACAACAACUACUCCAACAACAACAACAACAACUACUCUAACAACAACAACAACAACCACUCCAACAACUACUUCAACAACAACAACAACUACUCCAACAACUACAACAACUACUCCAACAACUCCAACAACAACAACUACUCCAACAACAACUACAACAACAAUAACAACAACAACAACUACAACAACUACAACUACAACAACAACUACUCCAACAACAACUACAACAACUACUUCAACAACAACAACUACUUCAACAACAACCACCACGGUCACGACAACCAGUGAGUUUAUCGUAGUUUCGAGGGAAAAGCAGCAAAUGUGUGGAAGAAUUGAGUGGUAUCUUUUUGUUUCGACCGCGUGCUGAUAUGAGGGAUUAGGCGAAGAGGUUACAUUCGGGUGGAGAAUGUGGUAAUAUGGGAGAAGACAUGUGCAACAAAGAUAGGUGCGUUGUGUGGGUGAAUAAGAGGGGAAGCACGAUAGAAAUAAUUGGAAUUGUUUAUUUUGGAAGUUUUAUGAUAAGUGAACAAUGGAAGGUUGGAGUGUUAUGUAUAGUUUUUUUUUCAUCGGUAGAGGGAUUGAUGAGUAGUGCUUAGGGUCGGGAUGGAAAGUGGUGCAAAGCUUGUGAAUAAGCUAUGUUGAAUAGACUUGUUUUGAAUGGAUGCUGCUUUUACAUAAUUUAUGAAACAGAGAACCUCGGAACCUGCUUAGUGAGCAGUGAGUGAGCUCUAGAAAAAAGCGUGUUUAGCUUCACCGAUCAUGAUGAACAUUUCGAAUGGUAACCCCUUCGAUUUCCUCACGGACUAUCAUAAAUGGGGUGGAGAUUCUGGUUCACGACGAAAGUGGCUUCAGUGUGUUUAAGAUUUUAAUCGCGUAGGGGUUGCACAUGAUGCCAUUUUCGUUGGAUUGCGGUAGUGUUAAAUAAUUAAUGAAACGGUGGGUGGAAAACCUCGAAACAUGAUAGAUGGAUGCAUGCUAAAUAGUUGUUCAACCUCUAUGAAUUUCGUUUUAAUUCACUUCAUACUUAAUAUUUUAUAACAGAAAGAAAUGCCAGUGACGCACUGACAUAAAAAGCCCUACUUUUUUCGGUGAUAUCAAAAGUGUCAUUUUUGGUUCGAAUGAUCGCACUAUAAAGACAUAUGAUCGAGGUUAUUUUCGUAGCAGAGUGUUUGAGCCAUCAGCUAGAAAAGACUUCGCCAAAGAUAUAGUGUUAUUCUUGAGCUAUGCGUCAGACACUGUACUAAUGCACUUACAUGGCUUUCUUGAGCUAAUGAAUAAUAAUAUUUCCAUUUUUAUCAGAUACAAAAUAAACAGUGAAGAAAUGGUAGGAGACAAAGUGUAUUUUCAAUACAUUUUUGCAUGAAAAUGUCCCACUUUGACUAGUAACUACCAUCCUUUCGUCGAAUUAUAAAAAACAAAUCAGAUAGAUCGAAGCAGAAUAUAUAGAAUCUACUAAAAACUUUAGAAUUAGCAUGACCGAUUGUUUAAUUGUGAGGUCAAUGUGUGUUGUGAUCGUUCAGACGAUUCACAUGGCGAUGAUAUUCUCAUAGAUGUACGUAGAGUUUUAGAUAAUACAAAAUAUAUAGGGGAUUGUUUUCGAUUAGUUUGCUUGUCGGAAGUAAAAUAAUAUCGGAAUAGAAUAGAUACGAUUUCUUGGUGAAUUGAAACGAGGGACAUGCUAUAUGGUUUAAUGAUAUAGUAUGAUGUUUAAACACGUUAAAUGAGUUCGUUCGACGAUAGUUGAUUUUGCAGAAGUUCGCACCAUCUACUAUUUUCAUUUGUCACGCUGCAGAUCUAUGUGCACACAAAAAAAUAAAAUGAAGUCUUUGUUCGUUCUAUUCGAUUUUUGAAUUCCUCUCUACGCAUAAUGAAAGCAUUAGCAUUGAUCAAUUCUAUCGAGCAUAGUGAUGGUUGUAUCGAAGGCACAGAAAAUUUUUUGAUCUGUGUCGACUAAAUCAGAGUGUUCGUACGAUAGAAAUCACCUUUGUACUUGUCACUAUUUCGAUCAUAUAUUGCACCUCACUCCUUUACGGCCAUGAGAUAUCGUUCUCAAGAGGAGGCUGUUCACUGACUUGAAUUGAUUUGAUCAAAGAGAAGAUGCUAUAAUGUGAGUCUCUUUUCUGUUCCAGCUACAAUCCCGCAACCAUUAUUCGCCGCUAGUGUUCCGUAUGCUGUUCAAAUGUCUCCCCAAUACAUCAUUCUUAACGAUUUCAAUGACGACAACUAUCAAGAUCUUGCUGUUGCCAACAUUGACUCCGCUACUGUCAGUAUACUUCUGGGCAAUGGGGACGGCAGUUUUCAAACACAGAUGACAUUUGCAACAAACAUUGGUUCGCGGUCAUUAGCUAGUGAUGAUUUCAAUGGUGAUGGCUUCGAGGAUCUAGCCGUCGUUAAUCAAGACAGUAGCACUGUCAGCAUACUCCUGGGUAUUGGUACUGGUAGUUUUCACACUCAAGUAGAAUUUCUGACUGGUAAUGCUCCAUAUUCCGUCGCGUCUGCUGAUUUCAAUGGGGAUAACAAUAUAGAUCUCGCUGUUGCGAACUUUGGUGAUGGUACUGUGAGCAUACUGUUAGGUGAUGGAACCGGAAAUUUCAAUGAACUAGCGCAAAUUACAAGUGGUAGUGGCACUUACUUUGUCACCACCAUUGAUUUAAAUAGCGACGGCUACGCAGAUUUGAUAGUUGCUAAUUAUCUCUUAUCUGGUACUGUAAGCGUUUUUCUUGGUAAUAACGAUGGCACUUUUCAAACACGAAAGACAUUUUCGACUGAUCGUUAUCCAACUGCAGUCGUUGUCGGUGAUUUCAACGGCGACAGUAAGAAAGAUCUUGCCGUUGUCAAUAAGUACACUAAUAAUACUGUCAGCAUUCUUCUUGGUAAUGGAACCGGAGGUUUCGCAAGUCGAACAAUUUUUGCGACCGCUAGCUAUGGGUACUC